GAGGGGAUCUUGAUGAUAAUGAGAUAGCUAGACAGUUAGCAUUUUCCCUUAUCAAAUUCUCUGACCUCGUCGUUGUAGCUACAGUAGAUACUAGCAUAGUGUGUCUCAUGAGUUUCCGUUGAAUCGGAUAGUUUAAAGGGCUUUCUCUAUACAACCAGCUAGUUUGCGCGCUAAAGGGAUGUCAAAGCGUCUGCGCAACAACAGAGACUUUCAGGUCUGCGCUGAUUGUAGCGCCCCGGGCCCAUGUUGGGGCUCAGUGAACAGGGGUGUGCUGGUCUGUGAUGAGUGCUGCAGCAUCCACCGGGGUCUGGGCCGACACAGUUCCCAAGUCCGACACCUGACCCAAACACCAUGGCCCCCCUCCCAGCUACAGAUGGUUCAGACAUUGUACAGCAAUGGGUCCAACUCCAUCUGGGAGCACUGCCUUCUGGAUCCCUCAUCUAUCUCGAGUGGGAAACGCAAGGCCAACCCCCAGGACAGAGUCCAUCCCCAUAAAACGGAGUUCAUCAAGGCCAAAUAUCAGAUGCUGGCUUAUGUCCAUCGGAUGCCCUGUCGAGAGGAUGACAGUGUCACUACGAAGGACCUCAGUAAGCAACUCCACUCCAGUGUUCGGACUGGGAACCUGGAGACGUGCCUGAGACUGUUGUCUUUGGGAGCCCAGGCCAACUUCUUCCACCCGGAAAAAGGAAACACUCCGCUGCAUGUAGCAGCUAAGGCAGGCCAGGUGUCGCAGGCAGAGUUGCUGGCUGUGUAUGGGGCGGAUCCCGAUGCCCUAGACAUGGGGGGUAAGACCCCUAUUGACUACGCAAGACAAGCAGGGCAUCAGGAGCUGGCAGACAGACUGGUAGAGAUCCAGUAUGAACUCACUGACUGCCUGGCAUUUUACCUCUGUGGGAGAAGGCCAGAUCAUAGAAACGGACAGCACUUCAUAAUUCCACAAAUGGCUGACAGCAGUCUGGAUUUGUCAGAAUUUGCAAAAGCUGCAAAGAAAAAACUCCAGUCUCUCACUAACCAUCAGUUUGAAGAGCUUGCCAUGGACGUUUAUGAUGAAGUGGACAGAAGAGAAACUGAUGCAGUGUGGCUGGUGACUCAGAACCACGGCACUCUGUUAACAGACACAACUGUGGUGCCUUUCCUCCCUGUCAACCCUGAGUACUCAUCCACCAGAAACCAGGGCCGGCAGAAGCUAGCGAGGUUCAACGCACGUGAAUUUGCAACACUCGUCAUUGAUAUAUUAACUGACGCCAAACGUCGGCAACGGGGGAACUCCUGUGAAAGUCCCAGAGAGGACAUAGAGCUCAUCCUGAAGGGAAUCAACAGCCGUCAUGGGAGUGAUAACCAGGAUAAUGAAGACCAGCCAGAUUAUGACAGUGUGGCGUCUGAUGAAGAUUCAGAGCGGGAACCAGCAUCUGGGAAGAAUGGGAAAGAUGGCAGGACCAAGAGCUCAGAGUCGUCGGACUUGUCUGAUGGCCCAAUCACGUUACAUGAGUUCAUGGAGGUGAAGAGCGCCCUCACGGCCUCCGAGACCAAGAUACAGCAGCUGCUCAAGGUCAACUGUCACCUGAGUGAGGAGCUCCAGUUGAUGCAGAGCAAGCUGAACUCCCUGCAGACUGAGAAGUCCUCCCUGAGAUGGCAGACACCCGGUGGCCAGCAGCACCCCCAGGACCUCUCCGGCCGCCCCCCUCUCCCCGGAGGCCGCCCCAUGUCCAUGUAUGAGACGGGCUCGGCCAUGAGGCAGUAUCCCCACAGGGGCGAGCCUCCCCGCCGUGACGACAGCCUCACCGUCCAGCCCCUCCCUACAAACAUUGGGAGGGGUCCUUUGGGGAACGCCUCGUCCUCCCUCCCUACCUUCCCCUCCUCCCUGUCCUGGUCGCGGGACGAGCGAGCUCGAAGGGGUUGUAGCCUGGAGGGACAGAGCCACAUGCUGGAGAGUGACUAUGACAACACACCAAACCACACAGGACUGGAGGAGUCCGGUAUGGGCAGGAACAGCAGUUGGCUCGGGGAUAGCAGUACAGCAGAGCAGGGGGAGGAUGAGACUGAGGCUGACUCCACCCUGCCCUGCACAGAGGACGUCAUCUGUAAGACGGAGCAGAUCACCAAGAAUAUUCAGGACCUGCUGAGGGCCGCACAGGAGAACAAACGUGAGAGCUUUGUACCAUGCUCAGAAAGGAUCCAUGUGGCUGUGAGAGAGAUGGCCAUCCUGUUUCCAAAGUACCUCCUGCCUCCUCUCUCCUUUACUCAGAGGCCAUGCUCAGACACAGUGCGAGGGUCUCUGCGGCUGCUCACCUCUAGUGCCAGCCGGCUCCAUGGGGAGUGCCAGAAGGCCACGCCCCACAACCCUUGCCCCUCCGACAUGCAGCUGGUCACGCAGCAGGUCAUCCAGUGUGCCUAUGACAUUGCCAAGGCUGCCAAGCAACUCGUCACUGUGACAACCAAAGAAAACAGCAACUGAUUGUUUUUUUAACCCAAGGACUAACAUCCCUCUUAGAUAUUUGAUCAUAUAUAUUAUCAGUACUAAUUUCAAGUUAGUGUUUAUCAGUGUUAUUUGUAUGCCACCAUUUUUAUUUAAAGUACUCAAUUCGUCUUAGUAAAUUUUCUAGUGAAGAAUGUUUACAGAAAGUGUACCUUGCAAAAUGUGGGUCACCCAUGGGAUUUGUCCAUCAGUUUGUCUGUUAGGCAGGUCAUCAUACUCUAGCAGUAUGAGUACAUCUAUCUGGGAUUACCUCAAAAGGAGACAUUCAAGUUACUAAACAGUUUUGCAACAUUACACAUUUUAAACAGCCUUGGAUCAAUUUCAGGUGACUGAACAUUUGUGGUUGCUGGGAGUGCUUAUUCUUGGUGCUCUCUGCUAUGCAACAAGGACAGUUGGCUGUCGAAAGCUUUCAAACAGUUCGCUUUUAACUUCUUAUUCAAGGCUAAACACAUUGGGAUCUUGAACAUAGUCAGAUCCAUAAUUAUUGGCACCCUUGAUAAUGAUGAA